CUAGCUUGUUACUCACAACAUUUGUAAGUAAAUUGAUUUCUAAAAGAGACUCGUAGAGAAGGCUUCUUUCUUUCACUAAGAAGAUGAAUUGAGGGUGAUUAGCAUUUGACUGAAUUGGAAAGGAUCCAUGAAAUUAUGCAAUCCUCCAAGAACAAACACGUAGAGAAGGCUUCUUCCAAGAAGUCUGUAGGGAAUUUAAAUGUAAACCCCCGUUUAGCAUAUCAUUAUGGAGUUCCACCGGGAGCUCUUCUGUUGGCUUAUGACUCCAUUCAGAAAAUUCUUGCCCUUUCAACCAAAGAUGGCAGGAUCAAAUUGUUUGGAAAAGAUGGUGCCCAAGCUCUACUGGAAUCUCCUAACAUAGUACCAAGCAAAUUCUUGCAGUUUAUGGAAAACCAAGGCUUUCUCAUUAAGAUAAAUGUUGAUAACCACAUUGAGGUUUGGAAUGUAGACCAGAAGUCUUUGUCAAAUAUUCAUGAGUUUAAGAGGGAUAUCACCUCUUUUAAAAUUAUUCAACAUACACCAUAUAUGUAUAUUGGAGAUUCUCUAGGUUAUGUUUGGGUUUUGGAGUUUGAAAAAGAACUGUGCAAUGUAGUGAGGAUGAAAUAUCGUAUACCUUUUUCAGAAUCCCAUGGGAAUUCAAAUAAAGUUGGGGACAUUGGCAUAGUUGAAAUCCUGCCUCAACCUACAGCAGAAACUAAGAGGGUUCUGAUUAUUUUUCGAGAUGGUGUCAUUAUAUUGUGGGCAGUUCAAGAAAGCAAAGCCAUCUUUAAAAUUGAAGAAAAUGCACUGCAAUCAGUAUAUCAUGAUGCUAAAAAAGCAACAUCAGCUUGUUGGGCUUGCCCUAAUGGAACUAAAUUAGUUGUUGGAUACAGCAAUGGAGAUAUAAUUAUCUGGACCAUUCCAGCUGCUUUGAAUUUGAAAAGUGAACAAGAAUCUUUCAAAGAGUCUUCUUUUACCCCUCCAAAUGCUCAUCGUAAACUGAAUAUUGGAUAUAAAUCAAUGAAUAUCCCUAUAGCCAAGUUAAGAUGGGCUUAUGCAGAUGGGAAAGCAAGUCGAGUGUAUGUUACAGGCUUCUCUGAUAAUGAGCACUUAUCACAAGUAGUUUUACUGAAUGAGGAUAAUGAAUCACCCACAAUUUUGUUGGGACUUCGUCCACCUGAGUAUUGUCUUGAUAUGGAGAUUAUUUCAAGCUUUAAAGCACCAAGCAAGCAGAAAUACGAUGCAUUCCUUUUGCUUGGGAAGUCGGGUGUUGUUUAUGCAUAUGAUGAUAGUUCAGUAGAAAGGUACCUGUUGAAAUUCCGGACCAAGUCCCCACCUUCACCCCCAAAGGAAAUAUGGGCGAAGUUGCCAUUUGUUGAUUCUAGCAUCACCGUUGCAAAACUCAUAACAGAUAACCCAUACAUGUCACAUUCAGGGAAUCAGGAUUGUAAUCCCCUGACCAAAGAUAUAUUUCCUCUUUUUCCUUUUAAGAGGAAGGACGAAGGUGGAACUAGUUCUAACUCAGCGUGUUCGGUCAAGUGUUCAAAGGCUAAGAACUUGUACAUAACAGGGCAUAGUAAUGGAGCCAUAAAUUUUUGGGAUGUAUCAUGCCCACUCUUGCUUCCAAUUGUAUCACUCACUCAACAGAGCGAAGACAACUUUGUUUUAAGUGGUGUGCCAGUGACAGCAUUGUGCCUUGUCCACAACUUAGAUAUCCUUAUUUCCGGUGAUCAAAGUGGAAUGAUUCGUAUUUAUAAAUAUAUAUCCAAGGCCUUUGCCCCAGAUGCAAAGAGCGGUAGCAAUCAAAUUAUCAAAAGUCUUAAGCUUGUGAAGGUUAAAGGAGCUGUAGUUUCUAUUACUGUGAACCCAAAUGGAAAAAGUUUUUGUGUUGGAUCUGUUGGAUACGUCUCACUAAUUGAUUUUGAGGGCCUGAGCUUAAGGUAUGAAAGGAGCAUAGGAAAUAAACACUGCACAUGCCCAGAUAUCAUCUCUUCACAGUUUGAGAAGAAUGUUCUAGUGGUGGCUACAAGAGAUUCAUCAGUGUUGGCUCUUGAUGGUGAGACGGGGAACAUAUUAAGCCCUAGUAUAGUUCAUCCUACGAAGACCUCCCGAGCUCUAUUUAUGCAGAUUAUUGGUGCACAGGAAAAGUCCAGUAGUGGAUCUAGCAUUUCAGAUUGCAAGAACACAGAUAAGGGGAAUUCUGAUGCCUCAAGGCUACCACUAGUAUUACUCUGUUCUGAAAAAGCUGUUUAUGUGUAUUCCUUGGAGCAUGUAGUUCAGGGAGAUAAAAAAGUGCUCUACGAAACGAAGUUCGAUUCCUCUUCUUGCUGCUGCUGGGCUUCCACUUUUGAUGGUCCUCAGGCUCGUCUCAUUCUUCUCUUUUCAAAUGGAAAAGUUGAAAUAAGAUCCCUUCCAGAGCUAUCCGUUCUAAAAGAAACUUCAGUAAGAGGGCUCACAUUAUCAACUCCAAAACAAAACUCAAUUUCCGACACUUCCAUAUGCUCUUCGCAAAGUGGUGACCUCAUAGUGGCGGACAAGGAUCAGGAAAUGUUUUUCAUCUCAGUUUCAGUCCGGGAUUCCUACAGGUCUCUGAAACUUGCAUCCCAAGUUUUCGAUACAGAGAUAAAGGAUGGAAAGGGGCCUAUUUCAGCACCCGUCAUCCAUACAAAAAAGAAAAAGGGUGCAUUUGGCUCUUUCUUCAAAGGACACAAAGCAAAGAAUCUAGCAACUGAAGAUCCACAAGAAAUUAUUGAAGAGUUGUCAACAAUCUUUUCAGUUCCCAAUUUUCCUUGGGACACAGAGUUUGAAGAUGAGAACUUGGGUAAAGCUAAAGGAAAUUCGAUGUUUGCUGCACUAAAACAGAAGCUGGGGAAUUUCUUUAAAGCGAUGAGAGGGAACUUUAAUUGCAUGAAGGUCAAAAAUGAUGAAGAUCAAGUUAAUGAAGCAGUGCAGGACACAAAGGCUGCUGCUGUUGAACGAAUAAAGGAAAAAUAUGGACGCCUCUAGUGGAAUCAGUGGUAAAACAGAUGAGUUGCCGGAGAAUGCCAAAGAGUUUGAAGGCAGUGGUGAAGAAGGUACAUUCGUCUCCGGCCAGGAAACGAAGGGACCUAGCCGGAGGCGAAGACUUCUUCGUCUCCGGCGUGGUUUUUUUUAAUUUAAAUAUUUAUUUUAUUUAAAAUUAUUUUAAAAAAUUACUUUUAAAUUCGGUAAUCGUCACGUCACCAUAUUUUCAGGUUAACAUGUC